AUGAAGUGGUCAUCCGCUCCAUUUGAAGCACUAUAUUACUCAAUCGAAAUCGAUCAAUUCGACGUUAAUCUCUUCCAUGAUCUAUUACCUGAUUUACAACAAUUGAACCUUAACCAGGGGAAACAAAAGAAUAACGCAAGUAGAACCCAAUUAGAAAAGGGUGAGUUAACGUUAUCUGAUGGCUCUUCCUACAAAUUUAACCAACAAUUCAUCAUAGCUGCCAUUAAUCUAUCUGAUGAAUUGAAUCUGGAUGAAUUGGUAGUAGCUGAACUUAUCAUCUCAGGAUCUGAAUCAGGUGCACCAUUGGAAAAUAUGGAUAAUUUAUCAUUGAUUAACGUCGGGAAACGUCAAUAUUUCUUUAGAAGACAAUACAUUUUACAGAUAUUGGCCUAUUUGAUCGAUUGUUUGCAGAACGAUAAUCAAAUAUAUAAAGAUUUAACUCAGGACGCUAAAUUGCUUAAUAAUAUCCUACCAGCAUUUGAAUCCAUUCAUUUACAAUUGUCAGAAGUGAAAGACUCCAUUAAUAAAGCUCAAAUUUUAGAAAACUUUAAUUCUUUAAUUCAACAAAAUAUUAAAUUCAAAAUGGAUUCGUUAUUGAAAGAAUAUGAUAUAUUAAGUCAAAUACUUUUCGGUUUGAUAAACAAAGAAUCAGAAAUAAAACAAAAGACAAUAUUAGAUGUUGUCAACCAUGUAACUCAAAUGGAUUCUGAUGAUUUCUUUAUUGUUUAUUAUUUACCUGCCAUUUUCCAUGCAUUCAAUAACUUGGAUAAAUUUCCUGAUAAUGACGUUAAGGAACUACAUGCUCAGUUCUUAAAGGAUUUGGAAAGAGAGGAUAUUUAUACUAAACCCAUUAAAGUGGCUAUAAUAUUUAUAUUCUUGACAUCAUUCAUUAGUUGGUGUAAAGUGAACCCAAAAACAAGAGCCAAAUUGAUCGAUUUCAAGACAGCUGUUGAUGAACCAAUGACUGCAGCCGUAGAACUGGGUGCCAUUGAACAAUUACUAAUUAUUGCCGCUGAUACAUCCAUCGUGGAACAGGAUAAAAGUAUGGAAUUGUUUUAUGAUAUAAGAUCCCUAUUGGAAAGACAUAUCCCACGACUAAGACCAAAACAAUUACAGAUGGAUCGUACUGGUGACAAUAAUAAUACUACCGAGGUAUCGUCUGCGAUAACAGCAACAACAAAUACAAUGACAAACGAUGGGAGCCGAAGUUCCCUCAUGGAUCUUAAUCAACAAUUUCAAAAUAUUAUUUUAUCUGAUCAAACUGAAAGUUUCUUUCUUUCAUCAUUCAAUUGCUCUUUACAAAGAGUCAUUGCAGAUUGUGCCUUCUUAUUGACGAAGGUGAAGGACGCAGAGGAAGAUUCGUUAUUAUCAGGUGAAGAUUUGAGUUUAGAUGACGUUUGCGUUAAAGCUGAUUUAGAAAGAUUUUUUUUAACAGUUUAUUAUUUCUAUGCAUCAAGACCAAAUCUUUCAUGUGAAUUUUGGAAUGAUAAAGAAUCAAACUCAUAUGGAUUCAUUGAAUGGUCUUCUAAAUGUACGGAUAGUUUAAUGAAAUCAUGCUUCUAUCUAAUGAUAUCAAGUUUGUCAUUUGGUCAUGAUAAUGCUAUUAAUGUCUUCCAUUAUUUUGGUGAUAAUAACGCAAUCUCUUGGACAACCAUUUCCCAAUCUAUUAGUGAUUAUAUUGUUAAAAUAAACAACUUAUCAAAGACAGUGCAGCAAAGACAACAACAAAUAGAAGAUACAACAACAAAUAACAAUAAUAACGAACUUGAUUCAAUAACUGUAGCAUUGGAUGAAGGGUUAAACGAAGAAGCAAUCAUAUUCUUGUCCUCAUUAUUAACACUAAUUGGAUCAGUGGCGCAUGAUGUCGAUGAAGAUACCAAGGUUAUAUUAUCAAAUACGUUUAGCAAUAUAUUAUUUGAAUUUGCCAAAGUGGAUACACCUUUAAUCGGUGCAUGUUUUAAAACUUUGGGGCAAUUAGUUCCAGAAGAAACUUCAUCAAAAUUGAAUUUAUGGAGGUCACUAGAUACUUUGAUUUUCAAGACUGCCACUUUAACAAAUGCAACAGAUUCAUAUAAAUCUGCUUUCAAAUCCAUAUUAAUAAAUUAUAACGAAAUACUUGGUUUUUUGCAAUUAUUCAAUAAUCUUUUGAAGAUUGAAUCCACAUAUUUGAAUACAAAUGGGUUCCUAACCUUUGGGAAGUUAUCCUUCCCAGCACGUUUGGGCCAAGGUUACAGAAAAUUAGGUAUUUGGCCAUAUUUUGAUUACAUUUUAAAUGACAUAUUUGUCUCCUCGCAUUUAAUUCCUGACAGUGAUAAUAGAAGGGCUAUUCAACUUCCAAUCCUGGAAAUAAUUGAAACGUCAUUAUAUUCAUUUGAUUAUUCCAUAAUUUUAAAUUCUCUUCUCAUCGGUACAAAUUUGGAUCAAUUUGGUGCAAACUUGGAUUUUUUUACCUACGUGCAAGAAUCUCCUGCUACAGUGAUUUUUAAUCAUCUAUUCACAGAGAAAAUUUACAAAUCACUCUUUAAAAUAAUUAAUGUGGGUGUUGACCAUCUAUCAAUAGAUUUGGGUGGAGGCAGCACUCAAUUGAGACUAAUAAAGCAAGGUAUUAAGAUCAUUAAUCUUGUCCUGGAAUUCCAGGCAACAUUUGCAGAAGAGUUUGUAAAUAUUAUUACUAAACAGAAGAAUAAGGAAUAUUAUUUACCAAAAAAUUUUGGAUUACAUGGAUUACCAUCAUUCUACGAUGCCAUAUUUUUUAACCUCCCCAUUGUGGCCCAUCUGGGAUUAUACGUUGGUUUAGAUAAUUACGAUGUUGCUCUGGAAUCAUUAAACGCCUUGAUCAAAUUGGAAAAUAAUAGCCCUUCAAAUGAAUCGGGCUCUGCAGGUCCAAAUAAACUACUCACUAUUUUUGACGCUGUCGAUGAUUCAGCAAGAAUAAAAGAAGCUUUUAUUUCUCAAAUUGAAGCAUCCAUCGACUGUGAUGAACAAUUGACAUUGAAGUAUCAAAUACUGAAUUUUAUCGAUUCUAUGCUAUCUCUUAAAGAUCAAAAACCUACUUUAGCACACUUUUUAUUGGGUUUCCAAGUUACAAACGUCAUUUCUACAGGUCCAGCUUUGUCUACAUUCAUCAAUUCAGAUAUUUCUCUCUUCAAGUCGGUAGCUUCAUUAUUGGAAUCUUCUCUCAGUGCCAUCAACUCUGACCGUAUUGCCUACGCACCAAUACGGUUGGCAUCAUUAUCCCUAGAGAUUAUUCUAAAACUUUGUUCCAACCCUCUAACUUCAAAUGUCAUUUUGGACUAUCUUAUUCAUGACCACUUCUUUGAAAGGAUAAUACAAUUAGAUCCACAUGUUACAAAGUUUACUUUGUGGGAGGAUUUAAGUUUUGAUUCAUCUCAAAUUGACAAUGGUAUUGAAUUCAUUGGUAAGAAACCAAUGGGCGCUCUAUUGUACUUCUUGACUUAUAGGGCUCAUCUUAUCCAAUGUCUGAGUUUAUUUAUUCACAGACUAUCAUUUACUGGAACAAAAUCUGAAACGCUUACUCAAAUCAAAUACUUAAUAUCUAAUCAAAUAUAUUCUACCAGAAUAUUUUCAUUUUUGGAUACUUUAAACUAUGGUGCUUUAUCAAAUAAUGAAGAACUAUCAAAGCAGAUCAAUAUUUUCAAGAAUAUUCCACUAAAUUUGGAUAAUAUUACCAUAUCAGAUUGUCCAAGUGAUGAAAUUAUAUUUGAUUAUUCUGAAUUGAUGUCUAUCUUAAACUUAGAAGCUAAAGUAUACAAGAUGUCUAACAAAAAUGAUGAGAACCUUCUUCAAAACAGCGAUUCAAAACUUGUUGUUGAUGUUCACAUUGAAGAAGAAAUUGAGUUGGUCAAACUAUGUGUGGCAAGUUAUUUAGGACACCAACGAUUUAUGGAAGAACAACUUCGUAUUCUUCAUUCAUGGGUACAAUUAACACAAAUUAUUGUCACUGAUGGAGAUUUAUCCUCCGUAGAGCGUUCCAAUUUCAUUUUGGAAGUUUUCGGAAAUAUCAUCCCAAAAAUCAAUGACUAUGUCGAAUUAGAUGUUUCUUUCUCCGAAGAAUUAACGUCGUUGGCAGUGUUUCUAAACGACAUGUAUCAGAAAGAUCGUAUGCAAAUAGAUGGUCUUCAAGCUGUUGACAGUAGACUAUAUAAUAUGUUCAAGGUUUGCCUGCAUGGUAUUAUGUCACCACUUUCUUCAGUGUCAUUAAAAUCAGAUUUUUACGUCCUUACAAAUAGUUAUCUCGUUAGAACUUUGAAAGAAAAAAAGCUUGCGAAGGAAUUGCUACAAGAUUUAAGAAUGAAUAAUGAAAAGUUGGUGGAGGUUAUUUGUAACGAUGUGAUUUAUGUUCAAGGUGCAGGAAAGAUUACGGGGAUACUAUUAUUAGAUUCUCUCAUACAAUUAGGGAAUUUGAAUAAAGAAAACUUUAUUUUAACUACUCUGUUGAAAAGCACACAUUUACUAAGUAUUGUGCAUUCAUUGAAAAGUACUGAUUCUAUGAUAACAGCUACCAAGGAAAAGAUUGAAAUAGAUGACCUGUUAUACGAAUUAACUGCAUUCAAAGCAACAGUAUUUUUCUUAAUACGUGUGGCCGGAACUAAGAUUGGUGCACAUGCCUUAGUUCAAAGUAAACUUUUUGAAGUGCUUGGUGCUUGUUCUUUCCUAAAUAUUGACCCAGAUCUAGGGUUAGAAUUGGUAGCUAACGAAUUCUCAACCGGAAAAUCAGAUUUUAUCAGAAUUAAUGUCAACUUAGAUUCCUCUUCUUCUUUGGAUAAAGGGGUAAAUAAUAUAUCCUUAUUCGAACUAAUCGUACCGGUCUUCCAACUUUUAUGCUCUGUUCUGAUAAGUAUGGGCAGUACUAACAAAUCUGUCAUCCAAUCAGUUCGAAAAUUGUUGGUAAAGUUCAGGAAAUUAUUAGUUGGUGUAUUCAGGAGAGAAGCGUUAACAAAGCAGCAAGAUGCCGCGACAAUGAAGUAUCCUUCAUCACACGGAUUGGAAGAAAUGGUCAAAUUGAUAGUGAUACUGUGUACUUUAACCGGAUAUCGUGGUGAAGAUACAGUACCUAACUUAAUAGAGUAA